GGCAGCGCGAGGGCCGGCUGAGGCUUGAGCAACGCCUGCAGGCAGCCUCGCUCUUUCGACGGCCGCGGCGCCCAACUUUUCCAUCGUCCCCUCCCCUCCCUGGGAACUCCGGCAACAAAGAAGAGCAGCGGGCGCAGGCGGCGGCCAGGCGAGGCCGGACACAACCAUGGCUACCCAGGUAAUGGGGCAGUCUCCAGGAGGAGGAGGGCUGUUCACCAGCAGUGGCAACAUUGGCAUGGCCUUGCCCAACGACAUGUAUGACUUACACGACCUCUCCAAAGCUGAACUGGCUGCACCCCAGCUUAUCAUGCUGGCAAAUGUGGCCCUCACUGGGGAGGUCAAUGGCAGCUGCUGUGACUACCUGGUUGGUGAAGAAAGACAGAUGGCAGAGUUGAUGCCUGUCGGGGAUAACAACUUUUCAGAUAGUGAUGGAGAAGGACUGGAGGAGUCUUCUGACAUGAAAGGGGAACCGAGUGGACUGGAAAACAUCGAAAUGAGAAGCCUGGAACUCAGUGUUGUGGAACCACAGCCUGUAUUUGAGACAACAGCUACCCCAGAAGUUUAUAGCUCAAAUAAAGAUCUCCCUCCGGAAGCGCCUGGAGCAGAGGACAAAUGCAAGAGCUUGAAGACCAAACCUUUCCGCUGUAAGCCGUGCCAGUACGAAGCAGAGUCCGAAGAGCAGUUUGUGCACCACAUCAGGGUUCACAGCGCCAAGAAGUUUUUUGUGGAGGAGAGCGCGGAGAAGCAAGCCAAAGCCAGGGAGGCCGGCUCUUCCCCUGCUGAAGAGGGCGAUUUCUCCAAGGGCCCCAUUCGCUGUGACCGCUGCGGCUACAACACCAAUCGCUACGACCACUACACCGCGCACCUGAAGCACCACACCAGGGCCGGCGCCAACGAGCGGGUCUACAAGUGCAUUAUCUGCACGUACACAACGGUGAGCGAGUACCACUGGAGGAAGCACCUGAGAAACCAUUUUCCCAGGAAAGUGUACACGUGUGGGAAAUGCAACUAUUUCUCAGACAGAAAGAACAAUUACGUGCAGCACGUUCGAACCCAUACAGGAGAACGCCCAUACAAAUGUGAACUUUGUCCUUACUCCAGUUCGCAGAAGACUCAUCUGACAAGACAUAUGCGUACUCAUUCAGGUGAGAAGCCAUUUAAAUGCGAUCAGUGCAGUUAUGUGGCCUCUAAUCAACAUGAAGUAACUCGCCACGCACGGCAGGUUCACAACGGGCCUAAGCCUCUUAAUUGCCCACACUGUGACUACAAAACAGCAGAUAGGAGCAACUUCAAAAAGCACGUGGAGCUGCACGUUAAUCCGCGGCAGUUCAAUUGCCCCGUGUGCGACUACGCAGCUUCCAAGAAGUGUAAUCUGCAGUACCAUUUCAAGUCUAAGCAUCCCACUUGUCCGAAUAAAACGAUGGAUGUCUCAAAGGUGAAGCUAAAGAAAACCAAAAAGCGGGAGGCUGACUUGCCCGAUACCAGUGUUACCAAUGAGAAAGUGGACGCAGAGCAGACAAAAACGAAGGGGGAUACGGCUGGAAAGAAAAAUGAGAAGUCUGUGAAAGUGGAGAAAAAAGAUAAUAUUUCAAAAGAGAAAAAGCCUAGUAGCAAUGUAUCAGCGAUACAGGUGACUACCAGAACUCGCAAGGCAGCAGAGACUAAAGAGACAGACGGACAUUCGGGGAGCAAUUCGGAAAAGUCCAGUAAGACCAAGAAAAGCAAAAGAAAGCUGGAACCUGAAACCCGGUCCCUACAGGAUCCUCCGAAUGAGGAGCAGCCUGUGCCAAAAAAGAGGAAGAAGGUAGAAAACAAGUCUAAGAACAGUCAGGAAGCACCGAAGGGUGACAGCAAAGCCGAGGAGAGAAAGCACCAGCAUGCCAGCGUGAAGAGAAGUGCCAAGAAGAAAACUCUGAAAAGCAAAUCGAGUAAGAAAGGCAGCAAGGUUGCUCAGAAGAAACCUGUGCAGGAGUCUCCUGCUGCCCAGGCUGCCCCCGUGGCGGCUGCUCAGGCGGAGCUGCCUCCUCCUGUGGAGCCCGCUCCCGUGGAGCCCGCUCCCGUGGACCCACCGCCUCCUGUGGAACGUCCUCUUCACCCUGAACCAGUUCCCAAAAAGUCUCCCCCCCGCAGAGACAGCAGGAAGGAAAAGGCUGACACGCAGAAGGAGAUGGCACGGAAGGAGCAGGUCCUCAUUGAGGUGGGCUUAGUGCCUGUCAAAGACAGCCAGCUGCUCAAGGCAGCCGCAGCCACGCGGGACCCCUCCCCGCCCUCCCCGCCCGCGGGGGAGUCACAGGCAGAGGAUCCGGGGGACCAGAAGUCACUCUGCGAAGCGGGAGGAAAAGCAGGAGGGCCUGCUGGGGAAGGGGCAGCACAAGAGGCAGGAGCGUGUCCCGCUGACCCUGUUGCCAGCAGCGACACGUCUGCUAGCGUUUCACCCUCGGGACAAGACCCGGACACGCCAGACGGGCAGCUGCUGCAGGGCGAACCUCAGACAGACACGGUGCCUUGUGAGAUGGAAGUGCUCGCCAACCAGGGCGCUGCAGAGAGCCUCCCCGGUACAGACCCAGCAGCGGGAGAACCAGCCUCACCAUUGCUCCUCCCCCCACAGACAGAAGAACAGGAAGCAGCACCCAAAGCUGCCCCAGCAUCACCUCCGGUCACCAUGGCAGGAAACGAAUCUCAGGAAAUCGAUGAAGACGAAGGCAUCCACAGUCACGACGGCAGUGACUUAAGCGACAACAUGUCAGAGGGCAGUGAUGACUCUGGGCUGCACGGGGCUCGGCCAGGCCCCCAAGAAGGCGGUAGGGAAAACGCAAAGGAGACUUCAGCAGUCAAAGUGGCUGAGGGGGAUUUUGUUUGUAUCUUCUGUGACCGUUCUUUCAGAAAGGAAAAGGAUUAUAGCAAACACCUCAAUCGCCACUUGGUUAACGUAUACUUCCUUGAAAAAGCAGCUAAAGGACAGGAGUAACUAAACUUUGGACACAGUUUUGGAUCCUAGGUUGUAAGAGCGAUUGCAUUUUUUAUUCAUUUAUAGUAGUAGACACCCUUUAAGAUUGCUUUAACUAGUGUCCAGUGUUGAUUGUUAAGCGGCUUGCCUUUCCUUAGGACUUCAUGUACACCUGUUGAUAGUUGUGUAACGUUUAGCACAUCCGAGGGAGUACUGAACCAGCAGAUGCCUCAGCGCGGUAGCUCCCGUGUGUAAGUGAACAGGACCACAGCGGUAAGGUCGCAGCUUCGUUGUGUUGUCCAGCUGCAAUGUGUCAGUUUUUUUCUCCACGUCUGUCUUCCUGUUUCACUUGGCUUUUAGUUCCUUGUUUAGGUCUAUAGAAAUCGGCUUCCUUGAUAGCAAAUUACUUGAAGAAUUUGCCUGCUUUAUAAAGUUAGCACUUUAAGGGUUUUUUUGUUUGUUUUUUUAGAGAUGAGAAAAGAUUUAAAUUGAAGAACAAGUCUCCCAAUAAUGGACAAUAUAUUAGUCCGGGUAUUUGCUUCUUGAGUUUUGAUCAAUAUUUCUUACUUGUAUAUGUUAAUUGUCAUAAAACAGUGAUUUUUUUUUUUUUUUUUUUUUUUUGGUGCUUUAAUGGCUUAAGAUGUUGCACAGUUUUUUUUGUUAACCUAUGCAGUUAAGUCUUUCUAGAGAUAGCAUUUGUGUUGAACAGUAACACUUUAUACAUAUAUAUAUAUGCAUGUCGAUUUUGGCCUCUUUGGAGGGAUGCUUUUAGGGCCUAUUUGCAAAAGGGUAUAUUUUUUCCUUUCCUUUGCUGUGAUUGUCUUUUUUACAGAAUAAUUGUGUGUGCAAGUUUGUGAGCAAAUGAAAUGUGCCAGUUCCACCCACUGUUUUCUCAUCUUGUAUCUAUGCCAGAAUCUACAUUUCUUAGAGAUUAUUUAUUUCAAAUGGCUAUAGUAGAUUCUCUCAGUUUUGAUUUCUCAAUAAACAUACCACUAGGUUCCAUACUGAACAAAUUUUUAUCUCCGCUGUCAGCCAUCAGUUUUUUUGUCUUGCCCGUUUUGGUAUAGUUGCUUCCUAAUUGUAGAGCAUCGGACCAUACGUUUGAGGAGAACUCUUUCUCAUAGAUGGUUGGUGUCCACGUGGCUGCUCAGCUGAUAAGAACAGUAAGUGCUACUUGGACAUUGCAAACCUGGAAUUAGGAGAGGGAGCAGUUCCUUCAGGUUCUACAGAACAUCACUUGGGAGAUUCCAGGGCCGUAGGUGUUGGAGUGAUGAAGCUACGCCGUGAGAGGCGGCGUGAGUGCUGCAGCCCAGCUCAGCUUCCCACAGACGCGGUGUGACUUGAGUAUGGUCCACGCUCCUCAGGGAUCUCCACAGACCUCGUGGGUGUUCUGUCCCUGUGAGCAUGCCGUCUCCAGGGGAGGCCUCCAGGGCAGCGCAGCGCUCCCGGCCUUCCUGAGGCAGGUGUCGCGUUUUGGCAGUACACAGGAACAGUUAGGACAAGCAGUGAUGUGUGAGUGGGAAACUGGGUCAAAAAUCUGAGAGUGGCGUUUGAGGUAAAACUUGUUUGAACUUGGCAUUGAUCGGGAGGCCAAAGAUGUAAGAAACAAGAUUCUCUUAAGACACAGGAGUAAGUUGUAUCGUAAAUGGUGUGUGUUUUGUGUGUGUGAAUGAAGGUUUGUAAAUGUUGAAGUCUAGGCUCCGACAAUCAUUGUCAGCAGAAGAUCAAGCUGCAAAUAUUUAUGUUUUGAAAUUUAAGUUAUAAAGCUAGUUAAAUCUAACAACUAGUUAUAAUGCUCACGGGCGCAUUUUACCUACGUUAGCUUUUUACUUUUAUAGAAAAAUAUUUUAAGCACAAAUUAGAGAUUGGGCAUCAGUUUGGAAAAGAGAUGUUGUGAUUUUUUUUUUUUUCAUACUGCAGGUAAAACAUUUGCCUACUAGGGAAUCAAACUAAUUUCUGAUCUAGUCUAUAAGACUAGAAGGCUAAAAACAAAAAUAGGAAGAAAACCCAUUAUUAAAUCUUUAAAAAACAUUGUUCCUGGAAAUCGACUGGGACCUGAGGCCUUUCUUCCAGAAAACAAGGACUUGGCAGGCCUAUAUUAGGUUCUGAGCCCUAAUCCAUGUAUUUGUAUUUAUCAUGAACGAUGGUUUCAGUGAAAAGUGAAUCAGUAACAAUGAACUUUCGUGAUCCAGUUGGGAGUUCUUCCGUUUUGACAAAUGUGUUAUUUGCAUGGAACUUAUUUUGUAGUCUUUUCCCCUGGCCUCUGACCUUUUCCCUCUGUAGAAUUAAAGCUAGAAUUUUUCCCUUUUGAUCAAGGAACAAAGAACAUGAUAUCUGUAAAUUGAUGUUUAGUAACUAGUGGUAAACUUGAAAUAGUAGAAUACAUUGUAAGCCUAAUUCCAGGUAGUCAUAUUAAAUGUAUCUCUUAUCUUUUGAACCUAUCUUCACAUUGGUUUUUCAAUGUAUUUUAAGUUAUAUAUUUUUUUUCUCUCUUUUUUUUUUCAGAGCUGCUUAUUUUGGGGCUACUUUGUUUUUUUAAAUUGAGGUGUAAUUCACAAGGGUCUGUAUUGUGUUGUUUUGGUAAGGCUUCUUUUAAUUGUGGCUCUGUGUUUUGUUGUAGUCUUCCAAGAAGAGCCAUUUUAUUUUUUAGAGUCACUUCUGAAGUCCUGUGGUCAUUAACUUUGGGGACUGUUUUGUAUGAGUGUUGAUACAAAUUGAAACCCAAGUAGACCUCAUCACUUGCCACCCGUGGAAGGAAUGCCCUGCCUGUAGUAUACCGUCAUCUCUGGACUGAACAGCUGGGAAGAAACGGAAUUUUCUUCUUUUGCAUAAAUCAGAAAAGCUUAGUGUGCUGGGCUUCCUCAUUAGCCUUGGCAGAUUAAGUGAGCUGAUAGUAUUAAUUCAGACUUAAGGGAUUAUCUGAAUCUGGGUUUAUGUAGGUUCACAGUCUACAUGCAGUAGUACCUACAUCAGAGCUCUUCCAGCUCCACAUGUGUACAUAGGCUCCCACCGUCCCCUUCCUCAUUUCUUACAGAACUUUGUUAAACUGGCAUUGAAACAUUACAGCAAUGUUUUAUUGCAGCGAUUUUUAUAAACUUUUACAGUGCAAUACGUGUUACUUUUCUGAGGCAAACCAAAGGUAAAUUUCUCAAGGUUUUUGCUGCCUUCUUGUGCAGCAUUUGAUGGAAGAUCUUUUAUACAUUUAUAAUAGGUAAAAAUAAACCAGGCUGCAAAUCCUUUUUUUAAAAAUCUUAAACCAUGUACCAGGUUUUUGGUAAAAAUUGUAGGAUAAGUUAAAUUUAAAUUGUGUUCUAUUAACCAAUAUGAGUGUAUUUCUGUAAGCAUAGUUAUGUUGAAAUAAAG